AUGGCCACAGAACAGCGACUGCCGACGAGGGAACGUCGUCCCUCGACUUCAGCACCCAUUGUGGAUAUUACUGGCGGCGUUGGGCCUGCUGGCAUCUCUCGUCCUAAGCACAAGAGGACCUUUACGGGCUUUGGGGCCGGAGAGAUUAGGAGCGUUGAAGCCUCCAUCCCCGAGCCUCAGCGGGAGGCCUGGAAGCGAAACCAAAUAGCCAGCUUCACAGACAAAGACGGGUUCGAGAAGGAAGUCGUGCGCCAUGUGGAAACUACCCUCGCCCGGAGCAUGUUCAACUGCGACGAAAUCGCGGCCUAUUCGGCCACGAGCCUUGCCUUCCGCGACCGUCUCAUCACUCACUGGAACAAGACGCAGCAGCGUCAGACAUACGUCGAUAGCAAGAGGGUGUAUUACUUGAGCUUGGAGUUUUUGAUGGGUUUCAGAAUCGAAGACGUUGUCAAGCAAGAGCACGAUGCCGCCCUCGGGAAUGGUGGUUUGGGCCGUUUGGCGGCCUGCUUCCUCGACAGUUUGGCCACGUUGAAUUUCCCUGCAUGGGGCUACGGCCUGCGAUAUCGCUACGGUAUUUUCAAGCAAGAGAUAAUUGACGGUUAUCAGGUCGAAGUGCCUGAUUACUGGUUGGAUUUUAACCCAUGGGAGUUCCCCCGUCACGAUGUGACCGUAGACAUCCAAUUCUUCGGUCAGGUCAACAAGAAAACAACUGGCGGGAGAACUAUAUCCGUCUGGGAAGGCGGCGAAAUAGUCCGAGCUGUAGCUUACGAUGUCCCAAUCCCAGGCUAUGACACUCCGACCACUAACAAUCUCCGUCUUUGGUCGAGCAAGGCCUCUGGUGGCGAGUUCGACUUCCAGAAGUUCAACAACGGCGAUUAUGAGAGUUCCGUGGCCGAACAACAGCGUGCAGAGACUAUCAGCGCGGUGCUGUAUCCCAAUGAUAACCUGGAGCGCGGUAAGGAACUGCGUCUGAAGCAGCAGUAUUUCUGGGUGGCGGCGUCGCUGUAUGAUAUUGUGCGCAGAUUUAAGAAGUCACGGAGGCCGUGGAACGAGUUUCCUGACCAAGUGGCUAUUCAAUUGAAUGACACGCAUCCCACGCUCGCGAUUGUGGAGUUGCAGAGGAUUCUGGUCGAUAUUGAAGGUUUGGAGUGGGAUGCUGCGUGGGAAAUCGUCACGGGCACUUUUGGAUACACCAAUCACACUGUCCUCCCGGAAGCCCUCGAGAAAUGGCCCGUCGGCCUCGUCCAGCACCUGCUCCCCCGCCAUCUCCAAAUCAUCUACGACAUCAACUUGUUCUUUUUGCAGAGCGUAGAAAAGGCUUUCCCUAGCGAUAGAGAAAUACUCCGCCGGGUCUCUAUCAUUGAGGAAUCUCAACCCAAGAUGGUGCGCAUGGCGUUCCUAGCCAUCGUCGGCUCUCACAAGGUCAACGGCGUUGCAGAGCUCCACUCAGACCUCAUCAAGACCACCAUCUUCAAGGACUUUGUCGAAAUCUACGGCCCGGACAAAUUCACCAAUGUCACAAACGGCAUUACCCCGCGCCGCUGGCUGCAUCAAGCCAAUCCCCGACUGUCCGAACUGAUUGCCUCCAAGUGCGGCGGCAACGAGUUCCUUAAGGACCUCACUCUGCUUAACCAGCUGGAGAAGCACAUUGGGGACAAGAAGUUCCGAAAGGAGUGGGCAGAGAUCAAGUACGCCAACAAGGUGCGUCUGGCGAAGCAUAUCAAGGAUACCACUGGCGUGGUUGUCAACCCUGCCUCCUUGUUUGACGUGCAGGUCAAGCGUAUCCAUGAGUAUAAGCGUCAGCAGCUCAACAUCUUUGGGGUAAUUCAUCGGUAUCUGACCCUCAAGGCCAUGACACCAGACGAACGGAAGAAGCAGUUGCCGCGCGUGAGCAUCUUUGGCGGCAAGGCUGCGCCGGGGUACUGGAUGGCCAAGCAGAUCAUCCAUCUGAUCAACUCAGUGGGCGCGGUGGUGAAUAAGGACGAGGACAUCGGUGAUUUGCUCAAGGUUAUCUUCUUGGAGGAUUAUAAUGUGAGCAAGGCGGAAAUAAUUUGCCCUGCUUCGGAUAUUAGCGAGCACAUCUCGACCGCCGGUACAGAGGCGUCUGGAACCAGUAAUAUGAAGUUUGUCCUCAACGGCGGUCUCAUCAUAGGCACGUGUGAUGGCGCAAAUAUUGAGAUCACGCGUGAAAUCGGUGAAAGCAACAUCUUUCUCUUCGGCAACCUCUCCGAAGAUGUUGAAGACCUCCGCCACGCUCACAACUACGGCUCCCACACCAUCGACCCGGACCUCGACAAAGUUUUCAACGAGAUUGAAGACGGCACAUUUGGCAACCCGCACGACUUCAGCGCCAUGAUUGCAGCUGUCCGCCAGCACGGUGAUUAUUAUCUCGUGUCGGAUGAUUUCCACAGCUACAUUGAGACGCAUCAGCUCGUAGAUGAGGCGUAUCGCAACCAGGAUGGGUGGAUUGCGAAAUGCAUCACUUCAGUUGCUCGUAUGGGCUUCUUCACCAGUGACCGGUGUAUUAACGAGUACGCCGAGGAGAUUUGGAACGUUGAGCCGCUUGCUGUUGACAGGCGCUCAUUUUGA